AUGGACGCAAACAUCAAUUCUAGUGAACAAACUAUUACAUCACUCCCUGAGAAGACGAAUGUCACACCACCUAAGGUUUUUCAUUCCAAGUCCAAUAUAGAGGAGGAUGAAACCUCAAACAUCAAUGCGAACUUAUUUAAUAAGGACGUAAAUGUUUACAUCGGUGAUGGGAGCUCAAUCACAAUUAUUGACACUUUCGUUGUUCCUCCAGCUCCACCUAUUUCACAUGCAAAAAAAUCUACCAUUACACUUACAUCCACUCCAGUUGUAUUGCCAACUUAUCAAGUAGUGAUGAAUGAAACCGUUAGAUCUUUAUUCUCAUCUCAAUCCAUUGAGGCUGAGAAGACUGUUAAUGGAGAAGAAGAAGACGAAAAUGAUGUCAUGAUUGGAUUUCAAGAUUUAGAGCUCAAUUCAUAUGAGAAUGAUGUUCCCGAUAAUGCCAUUAUGUCUGGAAGUCAUAUGUUAGUGGGGUUGAGGUUGAAUACUUGUUAA